GUGCGAGGAGUUGACCUUCGCGGCUGCUUGCGACUGCGGGAACGUGAGCUUCGAGGCCCGCGAGUGCAGCCCGUGCCCCGCUCCUGAGAAGUGCCCCGAGUUCGCGGGACCGCCCUGGGAGCCGGAGUGUCAGGAGGCGCCAUUGCUCGUCUCUGAGGACGAGCCGGAGUCGACGCCAGUCGGCCUUGGGAACAUGGCGCUCGCCGACCGCACUACGCCAUUGCCAGGGCACACGUUCGUGGUGCUCUUCGAGGGUGACGCCUGGGGGCACGAACGAGUACUUGUGUGGCCGCUCUCGGCCUCGUGCUGGCUGAUCUACACAGCCAAUGGAGAUUUCUAUGGGGAGGAUACCGCGCUGUAUGACAAGGUCGUGGCGCUCAAGUCCUUGGGGGAGCGACCCGCAGGGCUGGAGGCCGAGUCGAUCGUGCAGUUCGACGGCCCCAUCCAGCGGGGUGAGUUCCUGGACCUGAUGGAGUCCGCUCAGAGGCACGUCGGCGCGCUGAGGGACCAGCGCGGACUGCCGGACUGGCCUGCACCCACGCGCUGGAUCACGGCCGAGGGGAUGCUGGAGGCAGUGCCGCGGCCUCGGCGGCUCGCCGGGCGGGGCCGCCUUCCCAUGCCCGGCCCACCCCUGCCGUUGACGGCAGCCGCGCGUGCGCGGUCGGGGCCGGGUGGCGACCUUCGUGGCGACCUCUUGGGGGCCGCGCUCAGCAGGGCCGAGGCCGGGGGGGCGCCCGCCGUGGUCUGGCGAGUGGCCGAACCUGGACUGGAGAUCGGCGACAUCGGCACGGAGGUUGCUCCGCGCUUGCUCGCGUUCGCAGGCCGUGUGCAUGGAGUGGCGGUGACCGACGCCGGCGUGGAGGUCCCAGUGAUAGGCGUCGACCCCAGCAUGAGCUUGGAGGACUUCAGGACCCAGAGGCUGGCGCUGUUCUCGCCACCGACGCCGCGUGGGGCGCCGUCAGCCGCCGUCGAGCUGGACGCCGAUCCAGUCGCAGCUUUCCGCCGAGAGGCUGGCGGGCGCGAGGCAGACGUCGCGGGCGUCGGCAGCCCGCUCGAGGAGCGGCAGGUGGCCGCUCCAGCUGCCAGCGCAGAGGAGCCCUCCGCGGACGUCCGAGUGCUCGCGGUCGACUGGGACCCGCAGGGAGAGAGGCACAAGGAUUGGAAGAUGGUCUGCGGUGAGUCAGUCUCGCACUCGUUCCGAGACUGGCCUCUCGACGGACCUUGUACGACACUCAGCGUGAUGAAGCAUAUCGGUCGGUUCGGCCCGAUGCCCACCUCGUGGCUGGAGGCCUGGGCGAGACGGAAGCACAUGUCGCCGUCGGACAGGGCCUUCCACGAGCUGCGGGUGCUCGCCGAGAGCUUCGAGAUGUUCGGGUGCUACGACCAGGUCAACAUGCCGUGCUUGGCGGGGAUCGAGGUGCUGAUGCGGAGGUUCCAGACCAUCAUCGAGGCUCACGCUGUGCCUGGCGCCAAGCCGAACUACUCCAUGGCCGGAGUGUACUCGGGGACGGCGAUGCUGGAGGACGCAGUAGCACCAGACCUCCGCGUGUACGGCGCCAAGAGGCUCAAGGAGAAGGUGCUGGAGGGCAGCGUGCAUCGUGGAGGACUGACACUCAAGCACGUGGAGGACGGCGAGGACGACGACACGGCCGGGGCCCCAGCGGGUCCGAAGGGCGGCGGGGGACGCGGAACCGGGAAGCCGAAGAUGAAGGGCAAGCCCGGGCUCACCGCGCCCCCGCCUUCGACAUCCCGCUCAGAGCCAUCUGAAUUCGAUGAGAAGGCCGUGGCGACCCUCGUCGCCCCUGUCGUCGCGAAGCCGGUGACAGCGCCCUCUCAGGAAGAAGCCGCCAGAGUGCUUCUCCGUGGUCAUCUCAGCUACGACGCCGAGGAGACCCACACCACCGUCGUGCCCUACGAGUUUGGUUCCGUCUCGCUCCCUGACCAUGUCCAUGACGCUGCAGAUGUGGCAGAGGUGCUUGGCGCUGAGGACCGCCUGAUUAUCGAGGGUUGGCAAAAGAGUAUGAUGCGGUCUACCGAUGAGUAUACACAGUUCAACGAGUGGCUGGGUGACAUCAAACCGUUCUGGGACAAGAGGCUGUCGCGGAACCAGAAGGCCUAUCGGCAGUUCAUCCUCGACCUUGACCGACGAGGCCUGAUCAAGUGGACCACUGACCCCAUCGAGCACGCGGGCCUUUUCUUUGUUGGCAAGAAGGACAAGUCCUUGAGGCUCAUCAUCGACGCAAGGCGGGGGAAUCGCCGAUUCAAGGCCCCCCCUCACACGGACUUGAUCACGAGCGACGGGCUGUCCAGGAUAGAGUGCGAGCCAGGCUUCAGCGUCGACCCCAGUUGCUGUUUCACGCUAGGUGUGGGAGACGUGGAGAACUGCUUCCACCGGCUGCGGCUGCCCGAUGGGAUGCACCGCUGUUUCGCGCUGCGGCCGAUCGCCGCAAAGUACACCCCACUGCGUGAUGACAUGGCGCUCAACGCCGCGGUCUAUCCCUGCCUGGCUUCUUUCCCCAUGGGGUUCACCUGGUCCCUGUGGGUGGCUCAGAAGUGCAGUGAGACGGUCCUCAACCAGGUGCACCAGCUGGGACCUGGCAGGAGGAUCACGGACCACGCGGAGCCGGUCGUGCUGCGGAAGGGCGCCGAGACCCAGUACACCCUGUACGUGGACAACCUGGGCGUGUUCGGGAGUUCGGAGGCGCCCGUGCAGCGUGCGCUCGGCGCCGGCUGCGAGGCGCUGGGAGCGGUGCGGCUCAAGACACACGAGCACGAGCUGAUGGCGGGAGGAGGCGAGACGUUGGGCUGCGUGCUGGACGGACACCUGCUCGAGACGCGGGUGACCGAGAAGCGGAGGUGGCGCAUCGACGGCGCCUUUCGCUGGGCCCUGCGCCGCCGGCGCCUGAGCGGCAAGCAGCUCGAGAGGCUCGUCGGUCACGCCACUUUUGUCAGCCUGCUCGACCGCACUGCCCUGAGUGUGUUCCACGCCUGCUACGCCUUCAUGCAUCGGCAUGGUGAGAACAUGGCCGUCGUCUGGCCGACGGUGCGGCUAGAGCUCCAGGCCUUCAUUGGUUCGUUGCCGCUCGUGCGCGCUCCGUGGGACCUGCGGUGGUGCGAGACUAUUAUUGCUACAGAUGCCUCCCUCGAGGGAUGGGGGCAUUGCCGUUGUGCACUGACGGCCAAAGCUGUGGCCAGUAUUGCUCGUACCUCAGAGGCGUCUCGCUUCCGACGGGUGCAUAACGUCGGGGCUCGCGAGGCCGCCAGUGCAGCACUGUAUCCUUUAGAAGAGGCAGGCGAAAAACACCGUCAGACGCCGUUCAUUGACUCCGCCAGCGUUGUCGACAUAGGGGAGGCGUUGCCGUCGUCGUCAGGGGAGGAGGUCUGGAUGAUCGACAGCUUGUUCCCGGAGGUGCCGUUCGGGGAAGGGGGCGUGUUCUCGGCCCGGGGCUGCAUCACUGAGAAAGAUUUGAUAUCAUCUUGGAGAGUCACUGGAAAGGGGAGGUGGAAGUUCGGAGAGCGCAUCCUGGAGCGAGCCCCCGUGCUGACCGCCCCCGCCUUGCUGGGGCCGCGGCCGGCGCCGAAGCUGGAGAGGCUCUCGGUAGAGGAGGCGGCGCGGGGCCCGCUGCUGGCCGAGGUCCCCGAGGGGGGCGCCGACGGCCUGGGCCGCGACGCGGCAUCCGCAGCCCUCGAGAGCUCCGACAGCGACGACCUGGACGAGACCACAGUCGCUCGGAGCAAGCGGAGGCGGACCAAGUACCUGCUAGCCGCCCGGCACUCCAUGGACCAGUUGAGCACCCUGCUGGAGUCGGAGGCCGUGCAGCCCAAGACCAGGGACUACUACCACCUCCUGGUCUCUCGCUUCUACACUUGGGCGAAACUGAGGCGACUGCAGCUCCGCCCGCCUUGCCGCCUCGACGGGGCGCUGUGUAUCCAUAUGACGGAGCUUUUCCUGAGCGGACGGCAGGCGAAUGUGGGGGAGAAGCUGCUAGCUGGUGUCUUGCAUAUCCUCCCGGAGUUUGGGAAGGUGGGGCACCUGUCGCUCCCGCGCGCCUGGAGGGCAGUCAAAGGCUGGAGACGCCUGUGCCCGGGUCGGAGCCGCCACCCUAUGCCACUGUGUGUGUGGGCGGCCGUAUGCCACUGGCUGAUCGAGCAGGGCAAGCGCCGCGAGGCGGCCGCAAUCCUGCUCGCCUUCAUGUGCUACCUGAGGCCGUCAGAGUUGCUCAACGUGAGGUGUGGGCAUCUGGUGGCCCCGGUGGGGGGCGUAUCCCGCCACUGGACCUUGCUGGUGGCGCCCGAGGAGCUAGGCGCCCCUACCAAGGUCGGGACACUCGACGACAGCCUGCAGCUGGACAUGCGGGAGCUCAAGUGGCUAGAUGUGGUCUGGAACGAGCUCAGGACGAGGCCGGCGACGGAGAGGGCCUUCCCCUUCACGUAUCCAGACCUACUGGCGGACGUGCAGGCUGCAGGUGCCACGCUGGGUUUGAAGCUCGUCCCGUAUCAGUUGCGACACAGCGGGGCCUCCCACGACACGCUGCGCGAGCUUCGGAGUUUGCAGGCCAAGGUCGAUCUCGGCAACGCCACGCUGGACGCAGCUCUCGACUUGGCCCGUGCCGCCCAGUCCGCCGGGGUCCCCUGGGUUCUCGAGAACCCUCACACUUCCAAAAUGUGGCAUGAUCAGAAGAUGAAG